AUCACCAUGAACUCUUUCUCAUUCACUCUCUACAUCUUUGCCGUCCUUGUCCUCCUACAAUGCUUAAGUUCGACCGGAGCUGCCACAUGUCAUCCUGAUGACGAGGCGGGUCUUUUAGCUUUCAAAGCUGGUAUAACUCAAGAUCCUUCGGGCAUGCUCAGCUCUUGGAACAAAAGUACUCCUUGCUGCUCCUGGAAGGGUGUCACAUGCCUCAACAGCGACCGAGUCACCAUACUCGAACUAGUCGGAUAUCUCAAGAAACCCGAACGCUCCCUCUCUGGCACUCUCUCACCGUCCCUGGCUAAACUCAAGCACCUCAAUGUGAUCAGUUUAGGAGAUCAUGGAAACAUCACUGGACCUUUUCCCAAGUUCCUUCUCCAGUUACCAAAGCUAAGGUACGUUGACAUCGGGAAUAACCGUCUCUCCGGUCCACUUCCUUCCAACAUAGGUGUACUAAGCAUGUUGGAAGAGAUCUUUCUUGAAGGAAACAAGUUCACCGGUCCAAUCCCGAAUUCGAUAUCAAAUCUUACUAGAUUAUUUUAUCUCUUUUUCGGCGGUAAUCUCCUAACAGGAACUAUACCCAUAGGUAUUGCUAAUCUUACACUCUUGCAGAAUCUAAACUUGGGUGGCAACCGCCUCUCUGGCACCAUCCCAGAUAUUUUCGAAUCCAUGCCGUUACUCAAAUUUAUCGAACUCUCUCGCAAUGAAUUCUCCGGAAGACUUCCUCCGUCCAUUGUGUCAGUCGCACCAACACUUCUCAGCCUCCAUCUAAACCAGAACAAUCUCUCGGGGACGAUCCCCGACUAUAUAUCAAGAUUCAACAGGCUCGAAAAGUUGGAUCUCUCCAAGAACCGGUUCUCUGGGGUUGUCCCAAAGGGUUUCAUCAAUCUGACCAAUCUUAAUAAUCUUGAUCUCUCCCACAAUCUUCUAACUGGUCAAUUCCCUGACUUGACCACUAACACCAUCGAGUAUCUUGAUCUCUCAUACAACCAAUUUCAGCUAGAAACUAUUCCAAAAUGGGUAACGUCUUUGCCAAGCAUCUUUUUGUUGAAGCUAGCGAAAUGCGGGAUCAAGAUGAACUUAGAUGAUUGGAAGCCAGCGGAACCCUUGUACUUCCAUUACAUUGAUCUGUCUAAAAAUGAGAUCUCAGGGAAUCUAGAAAGGUUCUUGAACCAGACAUGGUAUCUCCUAGAGCUUCGGGUGGCAGGAAACAAACUCAGAUUCGAUAUGGGAAACCUGACGUUUCCAAGAACGCUAAAAACUCUCGAUCUGUCAAGGAACUUGGUGUAUGGAAAGGUGCCUGCGACGGUGAAUAGUCUACAGAGACUGAACUUGAGUCAAAACCAUCUUUGCGGAGAACUUCCCGCGACAAAGUUUCCGGCUAGUGCAUUCGCUGGUAAUGAUUGUCUUUGUGGCUCUCCACUUUCUCCUUGUAAAGCUUAGCGGUAAGAAAGCUACAGUUUUCAAUUUGGACUUACUUUGAUACGUAGUUCCAAAUAUGAUUUGAAAUAAUAACAAAUAAAGUUGUUUAAGAUA